AUGGAUCAAGCAGUAUACGAAAAUCUUUCACACGCACUUUCCUCAAACCAAAGCCUACGAUUAACAGCAGAGGCAAGGCUAAAAGAGUUGGAAAAACUUCCAGCAGCAAUUAAUCUGAAAAAUUAUGUCGAAAAGCAUUGGUCGCCUUUGACUGAUAAAUUCAUAGGUCCAGAGCCAGAUUUUGAGAUAAAAGCUGUUGUACGCGAAUUAGCAUUUAAUGGAUUAUCCGAUCCUUCAAGUAAAAUUCGCGUCGCUUCGGCUUACGUUAUAUCAAAGAUUGCUAGCAACGAUUGGCCUGAUCAUUGGCCGGAUCUUUUGGAUUUAUUGAUAUCACAAUUAAAGUCUGGUUCUCCAGAUCAGAUCCAUGGUUCUAUGAGGGUCCUUAAUGAAUUUUUUAAACACGAUAUUACGGAACAACAAUUUUCUCAAGUAACUCCAUUAUUGUUGCCAGAGCUUUCGAAAAUUUUGCAAUCUGAAGGGAUUCAUUCUUACAGAACUCGUGGACGUGCAAUUGCGAUAUUUAAACAAUGCAUAGAAAUAUUGGUUAUGCUUAAAGAAGAACACCCGGAAGCAAUCGAGCCUUUUCUAAAGCCUAUGUUACCCGAAUGGUUGAAAAUUUUUUCGAAUAUCUUGAAGAUGCGAACCAUCAAUGACGAUGAACGUGAAAAUGAAGAAUGUGGAUUAAAAUUAGAAGUUGUAAAGGCAGCUAAACCACUUUUUAAGGAUAAUGAUGGGAAGGGUAGUUUUUUAAAACAAAUUACUUGGAUUGCUGUGUCUUACAUGCAAAUGACUGAAGAACAGGUUGAAACUUGGUCGUCAGACGCAAAUCAAUUUGUCGCCGAUGAUGAUGAUGAAACUUUUAAUUAUAGCGUUAGGAUCGCAGCAAUUGAUUUAUUACAAGUAUUGCUAGAUAAAUUUUCGGAACAAGCUUUGCAAGCCCUUGCUGAUACAGCCCAGCAUCUUAUAGAAGAAUCUGAUAAAGCACGUGCUACUUGUGAUAAAUGUUGGUGGAAAAUGCAAGAGGCUUGCUUAAAAGCAAUCGGUUAUGUUUCUGAGGAAUUCAAAUCAGCAAUUCAAGAGUCAAAAGUGAAUUUUGACCUCACUGGAUUAUUUGAACACGUUGUGUUUAAUUAUGUUACUGCAAUAGAUAUUCCUUUUCUUCAAGGACGAGCAAUCGUGUUUGCUAGUCAGUUUGCUACAUUCUUAUCAGAAGAACUUGCGGCACGGUAUAUUGCUGCCACUGUCGAUGCAAUCCAACGAAUCGAAUCAAUUCCUGCCAAAGUAUCUUCGUUAAAAGCGUUGCAGAAUUUCUGUCGUUAUUUAGAUACAAAAUAUGUAGCUCCAUAUCAAUCUAACAUAAUUGAAGGAGUGGCAACUCUUUUGAAUGUUACAUCUGAAGAUUCAUUAAUAUUAGUACUAGAAACGUUAGAGUUUGCGAUCAAAAUAAAUUAUGAUGUAACGGCCAGAUAUGAGCACGUGAUAGGACCAUUAGUAAUUGAUGUAUGGAUGAAAAAUCCUACUGAUCAUCUUAUUGUUUCUGUUAUAACAGAUCUUUUUGAAUCCUUAGCAAGCAACGCAGCUGCAUAUGCCGCGUUUCAGUCCAGAGCAUUACCUACUUUAGUCAAUAUAAUAAUCAAUGCUACUGAAUCUGCAGCGGUUGCGUCAGCAAUAGAUCUAAUAACAAGUUUGGUUAAGGGUGGACCUUCACCUUUGCCUACUUCGUACGUUGAACAUAUAUUUCCUUCGUUAAUACAUUUAAUGUUAGUACAUGAAGAUAGGAGUAUUUUACAGAACGGCGAAAUUUGUUUGAAGUACUUUAUACAAAAGGAUUGUGAACAUAUCUCACAAUGGAUGGAUUCAUCUGGAAAAACAGGCUUAGAUUAUGUAAUACAAUAUAUUGCAAAAUCUCUUCAACCAAGUCAGAGCGAGUCUGCUUGCUUUCUCGGUGAUCUAGUUGUCAAACUAAUCAAUAAGGCGGGUAAUAGGAUUGUUCCUGUACUUCCAGACCUACUUAAAGCAGCCGCUACCAGGCUAGAAGGAGCAAAAACUGCCACUUUCAUACAGUCGUUAGUUAUGAUAUUUGCGCACUUAAUGCUAAGCCAGUUGUCGACAGUCGUCGAAUUCUUGAGUACGUUGGACAUCAAUGGUCGAAAUGGAUUAGAAUUAUUACUUAAUAUUUGGCUCGAAAAUCACGAGAGUUUUCAGGGGUAUUAUAGUAUUAAAGUUAGUUCCAUUGCGUUAUCAAAAUUAUUUCUUUCUGGUGAUCCACGAAUACAAGGUAUCCAAGUUAAAGGUGAUUUAAUUGUCACGAAUUCCUCUAGGAUUAUGACUCGAUCAAGAACUCUAACAAAUCCUGACCAGUAUAUCUAUAUUUCCGCCAACUGCGAUGAAUGGGAGGAUGUAGAAGAACCUUCACCAUUCGCCCCAGCAGAAGAUUACGUUGUUCUUUCUGAAUACAUAGAUAAAAAGGGAAUAGAAAUAGACCUUGAUGAUGACCCGGAUGUGAAAGAUGACCCAGUUUAUCUUACGAAUCUUAGAGAAUAUCUUACGGACUUUUUCCGUCAUUGCGUAAUUCAAAAUGAAAAUAAUUUUGUUCAUUUAUGUUCCGAUUUAAAAGAAGAAGAACAACAAAAAUUACGAUUAUUAGUUAAUGACAAAUAA